GAUGUUUGGACCAAGAUGUUCUGCAUCCUGUCAGACUCUCAGCUACUGAUGCUGGACGACCUGGAGGUUCAUCCUCUGCUGCUCGCAGAGAGGGCGGAGACCUGCACCAUCUGGUUGCUAAGAUACACUCUGCACGUGACCUCAGCAGCUCCUGGCCCCACCCAAAAAGAUGCUGUGGAGAGAGCACGCAGACAGAGCAUGCCCAGUGGGGUCAUCAUGGACACGCCCACCACUAGAGUGACGGGGUUUUUAUCACGCAGGCUCAAACAGUCUCUACGGCGCACUCGCUCUCAACCCAAACUGUCGCAUCACUGCAGCAUCAAGACUAACCCGAUGAACACUGCUGGCACCAGGUGUGUGAUGCGGCGGCUGCGUUGUGGUAGCCAGGAGUCGUUGCUAAGCACCGGCUGCGUGUCAUCUCUGGAGCUCAGAAUGGACCAAUCAGUGAUCAUCAAACCCGUUCACUCGUCCCUGCUGGGACAGGACUACUGCUUCGAGGUAACAACCUCUACUGGCACCAAGUGCUUCUCGUGCCGUUCAGCGGCAGAACGAGACAAAUGGAUGGAGAACCUGCGGCGAGCCGUCCACCCCAACAAGGACAACAGUCGGCGGGUGGAGAACGUCCUGACGGUGUGGGUGAUUGAGGCCAAAGACCUGCCCGCUAAGAAACGGUACUUCUGUGAGCUGUGCCUGGAUGACAGUCUGUAUGCUCGGACCUCCUGCAAGCUGAAGACAGACAACAUCUUCUGGGGUGAGCGCUUUGACUUCAGCAGCCUGCCGUCCGUCUCCUCCAUCACGCUGCACCUGUACAAGGACACGGACCGAAAAAGGAAAAAGGACAAGAGCAGCUACGUCGGCCUCGUCAACAUCCCUGCAGCCACGGUGACGGGCAGGCAGCUGGUGGAGAAGUGGUACUCAGUGAGCACGCCCAGUACGCUCAGAGCAAAGUCGUCAGUUCCUACGGUCCGGAUCAAGGCUCGGUAUCAGAGUAUCAUCAUCCUGCCGAUGGAGCAGUACAAAGAGUUUGCUGAAUACAUCAGCGCCAACUACCUGCUGCUCUGCUCCACCCUGGAAGCCUCUAUCAGUCUGAGGGCCAAGGAGGAGCUGGCUGCUGCACUAGUGCACAUCCUGCACAGCACGGGCAAGGCCAAGGACUUCUUGACAGACCUGAUGAUGUCUGAGGUGGACCGUUGCCGUGACAAUGAUCAGCUGAUCUUUAGAGAGAACACUCUGGCCACGAAGAGUAUCGAGGAAUACCUGAAGCUGAUUGGACAGAAGUACUUGCAGGACGCCCUAGGUGAGUUCAUCAAAGCUCUAUAUGAGUCCGAUGAGAACUGUGAGGUCGACCCAUCUCGCUGUGCGGCCUGUGACCUCGCUGAGCAUCAGGCCAACCUAAGGAUGUGCUGCGAACUGGCCUUCUGCAAGAUCCUUGACUCAUACAGGGUCUUCCCACGGGAGCUGAAGGAGGUGUUUGCGUCAUGGCGUCAGGAGUGCAGUAAUCGGGGGCGACCAGAUAUCAGCGAGCGCCUCAUCAGCGCCUCGUUGUUUCUACGCUUCCUGUGCCCAGCUGUGAUGUCACCCUCACUGUUUGAUCUCACACAGGAGUACCCCGACGAACGCACUGCAAGAACCCUAACCCUGAUCGCCAAAGUCAUCCAGAAUCUUGCCAACUUCAGCAAGUUUGGCACGAAGGAGGAGUACAUGCUGUUCAUGAAUGACUUUGUGGAGCGUCAGUGGAGCAGCAUGCAGCGUUUCCUGCAGGAGAUCUCAAACCCUGACGGGCUGAACCACACCGCUGGCUUUGACGGCUACAUUGACCUCGGCAGAGAGCUGAGCAGCUUACACACUCUGCUGACCGAGCUCGACCAGUCGUGUCUGUCGAAGCUCGCCCCACUUCCUCGGAUCCUCAGAGACGUGUCGGCAGCCCUUGUCCACCCUGGAGGCAUGGUUGGAGCUGGAGGGUUGUCCGUUUCAUCUCCAGAGCCUCAGCGGGUGGUGUCUCCACCCCCUCUGUCCCCACCCCCUCUGUCACCACCCCUGUCUCCUCCUCUGGCAGCCUGUAAUCCCUCUGUUGGCCUGCAGGGCGGCGUGGGAUUAGACGGAGGCUGCGUUGACUUCACCAGACUCCCGUCUCCGACUCCAGAGAACAAAGAUUUGUUCUUUGUCACCAAAGGAUCCAGCCUGCAGCCUGCAUCAGGUAUGCGAGGCUCUCCAGCUCCGAGCUCGUCCUACUCUGAACCCAACGAGAACGAAGCUGGCUAUGAUUUGACCAAUGGGGGCCGGAGAGAGGGGCCAGAGCUUACCAAUGAGAGCCGCAGUCUGUCUCUGGUGGACCUGCAGGACUCCUCCCCCAGUGACGGCCUGGACGACCCCCAGUGGCAACGCAGAACGGGGCUCCUCCCUCUAUCUUUUCAGAACCCCGUCUAUCACAUGACCACCACGUCCCCCAGGCAGCCACAACAGCAGACAGAUGCCACUCCUUCUGACGGCUCGGUGGGGUCACAGGGAAACUGUGAGGACAGGAGCGCCGUGGGGACCAAGCCGGCUUUCCUCACCCAGAUGUCUGUGGGUGUAGUUGGGGGGGAGAGGGGUGAGAGGAUGUCAGCCAUGUCGAGCAGCAGCAGUGGCGAGGAAUACUCCCGAAGAGCGCUGUCUCUCACUGACACGCUCUCAGGUAGCUCUGCACCCCCUCGGCAGAACUCCGGUCCUCAGAGACGCAUCGAUCAGCCUCCACCACCCUCCUCUGCUCCACCUGGCCCUCCUCGAGGUCGCACACCUCCCAGCAUGCUCAGUGGAGGAGGCUCCGCCUACCCUCCACGCCCCGCCUCCGGCAGUAUGAUGUCAUCGAGCCCCGAUUGGCCAAACAGCGGACAGUCACGGCUCAGACAGAUGUCGUCAUCAUCCAAAGGAGACAGUCCAGAGAAACAGCGGCCUGCUGCCAAGGCUCCAUCUCCCUGUGCAUUGGACCGAACCGCUGCUUGGCUGCUUAACAUGAACUCUGCCUCCUCCUAUGGUGAGACGGAGGAUGAUCGUCAUGACGACACUUUGGUGGAGAAGUACCAGCAGGAGAUUGCUCUGCUUCAGGAGAAGCUGCGGGUUGCAGCGCUGCGACAGGAGGAGUGUGAAGCUCGUUUGAUGGUCCAGGAUCAACAGAACCAGCGGAUGCUGCAGGAAUAUCAGGUCCGACUGGAAGACACAGAGAGCCGACUGAGGAGGCUACAAGACGACAAAGACCUUCAGAUGAACAGCAUCAUUAGCAGGUUGAUGGCAGUAGAAGAAGAGCUAAAGAAGGAUCACUCUGACAUGCAGGCUGUGGUCGACCAAAAGCAGAAGGUCAUCGAGACACAGGAGAAGAGAAUUGCGAGCCUGGACGCAGCCAACACUCGUCUGAUGGCGGCGCUGACCCAGCUAAAGGAACGUUACGGUGUGACAUCACAGAGGAAUGGCUUGUCUCCUAGCAACACGUCAUCUCUGCAGAUUACAGAGAACGGAGAGUUCCGUAACUCUGGCAACUGCUGAGAGACCCACUCAGAGCUGUGAUUGGCUGACACUGCAGGGAAGGGAGGGGCUUACGCUUCACAUAGAGCGUGGGGCGGGGCUUACAAACUGACUUAUUUCAACUAAAAGAUUAAAUUAACCAAUCGGUGCUGGAGGGAAGUAAACAGACACAUCCAUUGAAUGUCAGCUUCUACACCACCAAAAUGACCUCUGACCUGACCCCACUCUUGUUGCUAGGUUACCCUCACUUUUUGUUUUGCAUGUUCCUCUUUGGACAUUUGAUGAAGUCUGUCUGCAUUUUCUGUUUAUGUUUAGAUCUUCCUGAGAAGAAUCAGAACUGCUUGACCAAUAACCUUAUGACUCAGCCUCACCUAAGUUUUAUUUAUUGGUUAAACUGGACCACUUGGUUCUGGUUGACUGGUGCAGCUGCAACCUCAUACACUGGUUCUCCUUUGAUUCUUCAGACUGCAUCUUACGGGACAGGCCACCCUUUUUACCUUUUAACCUGGAGUCAGAGCCACUUCGUUAGGUUAGCCUAGCAUAGCACAAACAGCAGCAACGGGUGGAAAGUGUUAGCCUAGCUGUAAACCUUGAAGUGAUUGUGUUGGCCUCUUUGGGCUUCCGUAGCUUUGAGUAUUUAAUUCCCGUCGACCAGGUGAGCCGGUCCAGAAUUAGACGCUAGCUUGUGUUGUUUCAGAGAAUUUUAAUGUAAACGACAGAUUUUAUUGUAAACAGUAAAAACUUUAACUUGUGAUGAAGAUUUGUGCACAUCCCCUCCUCUCCCUGUGUUCACUGUGGCUUCUAUCUGUUCUGUAUCUAUGAGCCUCUGUUCUGUUAUUUAUCUACAGCAGUAUUUAUAAGGAGCUUCGCUCCAAUAAAACCAGGCUGUCAACCUGC